ACUAGAGCUUUUAAUCUAUGUUAAUUUUAUCAAUAUUUGUAUGUAUGUAUUUUUAUCCUUUACAAUUUUAUCUUGUAAAUCACCUAGAGCAUCGUGGAUGAAGGGCGAUUAAUAAGUAAUUAAAUGAUGAUGAUGAUGAUGAUCUAUGCUAAAAGGAUGGUCACCCAUGUUUUCCCCUCUCAAUGUGAUGAGGCCCAGAGAUUAUACUUUGCUGCCCCACCACAAGGCAAGUAUGCAUAGGGAUAAAACAGAUACAUGAUAGAAAUGGAAACACUCUCGUCUUGGAAAACCUGCUCCUUCUGGAGCAAAGAGCCAAGUGGUGGCAAGGAACUGGUGGGGCCUUCUCCUUUUAGUAGGGUCUUUGGGAGGCAGAGGAUCCAGAGAGAAGCUCAAACUUCUCUAUACUGCAGGUACCACAGGCUACAAAAUCCAAAGAGUUACCUUUCACACUGUAUUUCCCCCGUCACUAAUGGAAGCUCAACUUCAAUUUUUCCUCUUUGUCAUACUUCUAAGAUCAGGCACCUCUUUUAAGUGUGAGGAAUGCAGUGGAAAGAACACAUGUACAGGGAAUAUGACGGUUUGUGCCACUGGUGAAGAUGCCUGUGCCCUCCUUGUGAUGAAAAGCUUAAAUGAAGAUCUCAUCGUAUUUAAGAAGUGUGCAUCCUCUAAGAUUUGCAACACUGGACUCAUACAUGUGAAAUCCAACAAAGGAAGUUUACUAAUGGAAAAUAUUUCCUGCUGCAUGGUAGAUGGCUGUGCUCCAAACAUUUCUAUCUUUCCAAAGGCAGAGGAAAAGAACAAUGGAAAGGCUUGCCCAUCCUGUGGUUCUGACGAACGCAUGUGCCCCAAUGAAGUGGUUUACUGUACAGGAAAUGAAGAUCACUGCGUAAAAGUUCUGAUUAUUAGAGAUUUAGGCGACUCGAUUGUAAAGCUCACAAGAGAAGGUUGCACUACAGCAGCUACCUGUGUGACAUAUCAAACCUUUGGUCCCGAUCUUAUCCCUGGCAUGAGAUUUGAAGAAUUGUUAUGUGUUCCAGCCAAGGACUCUCAAAUCAAGGAGGCCUCCCCAUCGUCUGGAUUCUUCCUUAUGACUCUCUUGCUGGUUGAAAUGUUUAUAAUAUGACAGAGAACAUUCCCCCAACCCUGCUUGUGUCAUAUACAACCAUCCUUUAUUGUAAGCAUGACAUCUUGAGGAGUUGAUCUUUCUUUAUAUUUCACUGCAGAAAAUAAAUAAAAAAUAGGAAGAGGAGUAGAUGGGAUCCAGUUUUAAGUGGUUCCAGGGCUCCGUUGAUUCAGCGGGUCAAAGGCGAGAGCUGAGAGCAAACGUUCUUUAUGUUCUUUUAUUAAUGUAAUGUAAUGCUGUAAGCUUAAUGAAAUAUGUUUACAUGAAAUAAAAUGUCACAUGACUUUGAUAACA